AUGCUCGAAUCCAAGAUUGGAGAAAAUGGCCUCGGCCAAUCACAAGACCGACAACAGCCCACAGAUGGCACCACCCAAUCACAAUUCUCCAUCAACGUUCGCGAGCACUUUUGCAUCGCCCUUGCCAUCGCCACCUGGGGCCCACUCCUCACCGAUCCCCUCGGCCUUAAUACUGUGCACGUGGAAAUCCUCACGGACAACACUAGCGCCCUAGCAUGGUCCACUUCACUCGUCAGCAGCAACUCCUACAGUCAAGAACUCAACCGGUGGUUCGGUCUGCAUCAAGCGAUGCACCAACUGCACGUGUCAUCCCGGUACAUACAAGGGGUGCUUAACACCAACCCCGACCCAGGCUCGCGAGCACUUCGCGAACCAUAG